GAGAUGGGGAACGCCAUGCGAGGAGUCGUUGCCCUCAUCCCGUCAGAGCGAUGUCAGCGCUUCUUAGUGGGAGACCUGAAGGAAAUGCCUCUUGAUCGGACCCUAGACCUGAGCAGCCGACAGCUGCGUCGACUGCCCACCGCCGCCUGCGCCUUUGAUGAGCUGGUGAAGCUCUACCUGAGUGACAACAACCUCAGCAGUUUGCCAGCUGAGUUGCAGAGACUGCAGAAGCUGCAGCUCCUGGCCCUUGACUUCAACUGCUUUGAAGAACUGCCUGCUGUGGUCUGCAGAUUACCCCAACUCACCAUCCUGUACCUGGGUAACAACAGGCUUUACUGCCUCCCCCGAGAGCUCAGAGAGCUGAAGGAGCUGAACACUCUGUGGCUGGAGACAAACUGCUUCACUGAGUUCCCCAAUGUGGUUUGUGAGCUCCCCAACCUCAAGACCCUGCACCUUGGCUAUAACCAGAUACGGAGUUUACCCAAGGAACUGGGAGGGCUGGAGGAGCUGCGGAGUAUCUGGCUCGCUGGGAACCAGCUGGCAGAGUUCCCAUCAGUGCUGCUGGAAAUGCAUUUUCUCGCUGUUAUCGACGUGGACCGGAACAAGAUCCGUCACUUUCCAGGUUUGUCCCACAUGCAGGGGUUGAAACUAGUCAUCUAUGACCAUAACCCCUGUGUCAACGCCCCGGUGGUGGGCGAGGGAGUCAGAAAGGUUGGGCGUUGGGCCGACAGCCCAGAGGACGAGCCGGAUGAUGAUGGGUCAAAAACCUCGAGCGAUGCUGCAGCCGAGGUUAAGGAUGUUCUCCCUGAGGAGAAAAUUCAGGGUCAAGGAACAAACUGA